AUGUCUAGAAAGGUCAUAGUCUAUUUCUUUAUAGAACAUUCAAAAUGUUCGAGAGAUGCCGAAUGGGAUAGAACAAGAAAGAUAGUAGAAAGGCAAUUACGUCAAGAACUAAGAUGCACUGAUAACCAAGAAUCAAUCAAUCGGACCGCAUCAAUAAAAAGAAGACUCGAAAAAUUCAGCCACAACUGGAACUCGAAACUCAUGACCAUAAACAUCCCGGAACACUUCAUACCAUACUGA